CUCUCGUACUCCCCCUUACGUCCCCUUUGUUUCUUUCCCUCGUUCUUCCCUCUGCCUCCCUCCCUCCCUCUUUCGCUCUAUUCUUUUCCCCCUCUGAUUGUUGCGUUCCCUCACUCUGAUUCUCUGAUGAAAAAUCAGCUGGAAGCUUCAUAGAAUGUCGGAGGAGGAAGUAAUCCAGAAAAACCAUGACACAUCAACUAUAGAAACUCAAAUCAACCAUAACAACAAGAAGAAGGAUGUGGAUCCAGAGUUGUUCAGCUGCUUGCUUCAGCCGGUGAACGCCGAUGCUGAUCCUGAAUAUAUUGGCAUUCGCCGUCUCCUUCUCUAUCGCAAGGCUGAGUCCGGUGAUCUUCGCCGACUCGAUUGGAGAUGCAAUGGAAAAGGGUAUGCAAGCUAUCGUAAUUACAUUCGCAGGCCAAGAAAUUGGGAAAGUCAACAAAUGGCAAGCCUCCAAAGCACUCCAGGGGACAGUGGGCGAUGGCUUCAAUGUCCAAGUCCACUGUCCCAUUUAUUUGAUGCAGAGAGCUGGAGUUCUAGCAGGAACCUAACUGGCAAUCUGCCUUCAACUCAUAGAACAAGUUUCAGCUCAAGUGCAAGUGAUAUUGAUCAUCCACGUCAUCGAGGGGUUGAACCUGCAUAUUCUUUUGUAGGAAUGCACUGCAUCUUUGAUCAAUGCAAAUCUGCUGUUACGGUUUUGAAGUUUGGCCACAUGAGUUCUGAUCUACUUGCUUAUGGGGCAGCAGAUGGGACCUUGACAGUAUGCACUGUCUCUGAGCCACCUUCAGUCCUCAAACAAUUAAAGGGACAUUCAAGAGAUGUCACAGAUUUUGACUUCUCAUCCAACAAUCAGUAUAUCGCGUCCUCAUCCAUGGAUAAAACUGUUAGAGUGUGGAAGUUAUCACAAGGCCUUUGCAUUCGAGUAAUAUAUGGAGUCUCUUCACAAUUGUGUAUUCGUUUUCAUCCUGUAAACAACAACUUCCUUUCAGCUGGCAACGAGAACAAAGAAAUCACUGUAUUCAAUUUCAGCACUGGCAGGAUUAUUCGUAAAUCAGUAUUUUAUUCUAAGGUUACCUCUAUGGAACAUGAUCACACUGGUCAGCUCAUUUUCUGUGGGGAUGCACAGGGAUGUAUAUACUGUGUAAGGAUGGACUCACACACAGGUGCCUUAUCACGUUCUCACCGCCAUCGAAAUGGCAAGAGUAAAUGUCCAGUAACGACUGUGCAGUACCGAAGUUUCUCUCUGUUGGCAGGAGGCCCUGUGUUGCUGACAUGCACCCAAGAUGGAAAUCUCUCUUUCUUCAGUGUGGCCUUGGAAAUACAAGGUUAUCUGACCCUCCGGUGUUCACUCAAAUUGGCGCCGCGGUUACAUAACAUUCGGGCAUCUUUCUGCCCGCUCCUUUCCCUUGAAAAAGGAGAAUAUAUAGUUGUGGGAAGUGAUGAUUCCAAUGUUUACUUCUAUGAUUUGACGCGGCCAAGACAUGCAUGUGUGAACAAGCUACAGGGCCAUAGGUUUCCAGUUAUUGGUGUUGCUUGGAACCAUGGAGAGAAUUUGUUGGCUUCAUCUGAUCUUUAUGGCAUCGUUAUUGUAUGGAAGAGAGCAAAGCUUCAAAGAAACAUACAUGGUGACAAACCUCAGACACCAUGAGGAAUGAUGAAGGAAAAUAGUUUCUUUUUUCUUGCCUUGUUUAGCAAUUACAGCUUCUCACAUGAUAUUUCAUGAAUUUUUGUAACUUUCUGUCUCCCACACAAGCAACCUGAGCGAUCAUUAUUUGUAUUAAAUUUUAUACUCGGUUUGUUCAAAGGAACCCUUGAAAAAUUAAAAAUCCUGUAUAACAUUAUUUACAUUUUUUCAGAACUAUGUGGUUGAGGAA